UUUCAUUGGAAAAGCUGAAGCAACGGUUCACUUUAGUAACUGUAAAUUGUAGUGCAAAGUAAAUAGCAAUAAAAUUGCGAGGAUACAAUGAAUAAUAAUCGUAGGUCCAAGGAAAACUCCAAUGGGCAAUUAUUGCAUUGCAAUGCAAUGAAGUACCGCACACCAGUAAAUGUAUUGAAAGCAAGUCAAGCCGGACUGGGCAAAGAAGCCUUCAAAAGCUACGUCAACAUGUGGUUGGGCGAUUUGACGGCCGAUCAUCUGGGCAGCGUGCUCGAUUGGCAUGUGUCGGAGCACGAAUCGAGCUGUUCGAGCACAACGGCCAGUGUGACCGGCUGGUACACAGUGUGCAUCUCCAACUGUCGCAAUCUCACAAAUGAUUCUAUUUUGCUGGCCAUCAAAUACGCAAUGUUGCCGGUGCCCGUUCAAAUGUUCGAUUUCAAGCGUAUCGGUGUCCAUGGAGAUUGUGGCCACUUUCUGGUGGACAACAAGUUGCUGGCCAAUCGCUUGAUGCGACUGCGCGACAAGGUGAUAGUGCUGUAUACCACACAGAACAUUAACAUCCAUGUGCAGUUGGGCAUUUCGGAAUUGUUCAGUGAGCUGCCACUCGAUGCUCCAUGGCUGCAGGCCAUGCGAGAUGCGUUGCGUGCCCGCUACGAUGCGUCAUGUAGUGCUCUAUACUUGACACGUUUCCAUGCCGCCGCCGAGUUGAAAACACAUUUCUGUGCCCUACAUCUAAAGCCGAUGCUGCAGCAGCUCCUACUGUUGAUUGCCGAGGAGUUUCCUCAGUUGCGUGUGCUGCAGCUGCGCGACAAUUUUAUCUGCUCGCUGAGUGCCUUCGACACGUUUCCCCGCAACCGUUUGACACAGCUACAAGUGCUGGAUGUGAGCAUCAAUCAGAUUCAGGGACUGAUGGAGCUGAAGAAUCUACGCAAUAUGCCGCUGCAGACGUUGGACAUAACGGGCAAUCCGCUGGCCAAGAGUGAGCUGCAGCAAUUGCGCAAACUGCUGCCGGAGGUGGCGUACAUUCAUUGCAAUCCCAGUGUGCACGAGAUGAAGCCCAAAUUGGACAACAUUCAGCGACCGCUUGCCGAGCGCUAUUGCGGCGCCAAUAGCAAUGGACGCAACUUUUGUCUGCAAUUCGCCAACGGUUACUAUGCCAUGUUCAAUGGCAAGGAGCGCCGCGAGAAACUGGAGCAUUACUAUGCCGCUAAUGCCGUGCUAACAUUGUCGUUGCCGAAGCUACGUGGAAGUAAUCAGCAGCCAGGCGCCGCUUGCGACAAGUUGUACUAUGGACGCAAGACAACGGUGAAGGCGAUCUGUGCGCUGCCCGAGCUGCACAUCGAUGUGAAGGCUGCCCAAUUCUAUGUGUAUGUGUUUACGCAGGAGAAACGCAUCUUUGCCAUGAGCGGUUGCCACAAAGAGCGCACUCACAAUUCCGACUGGCAGUUGGGCAACUAUAUGCGUGUCUUUGUUCUGCAACCGGCAGGAGCUCAGGGCAAUCAUUGGAGCAUAGUUCGCGACAGUCUGCGAUUGCGUGGUCUCAUUAAAGAUAAUGAUGGGAGCCCAACAACGGAAGUUCUCAUGGAAAAGCAAAUGGAGAGCCUGAACAACUUAUUGCCCAAGUUGAAUUUGGAGACCGAGAUAUCAAUGACUGUGGAUGAUGAGCAGAUGCCGGCACUGGUGCCGCUGAAGCAACCUGCAAGCAUCUCGGUAGAAAGAUUAAUGCCAAAGCUGGUGCCGCUGAAGCAGCCUGAAGUGCAACCUCCAAGUAUCUCAUCCAAAGCAAUUCCGCAGGCUGUAAGCGUGACGAUGGCCAGAAGCACCUUGGAGAGUGAACUGGAUGACACUCUGCCUCUUUCCGAUGAUGAGAUGCUGUUGACCAUCAAUGAGGAUGAUCUGCUCGAUGAUUUCUAAAAGCAGCUCGCCAGCAGCACACACAACCACAUCCAAACACACACACAUUUAAACCACAAACAGUAUUGAAGAAGACUGUCAUUUAUUUUUUCAUUUUUGUUUUUUUAAUAAUCAAUUAAUAUAAAUCAUUCGUAUUCGUUUAUGAAGCC